CGUUUCUUAACUUCCCUUACCGAGUUUGGGUUUCCUUUCUUUCUGUGCCGGCAUAUACUUGUUUUAUAUUUUUCUUCUUUAUUUCUGCAUAGACUAUAGACCUGCCUUCGAAAAUCUCAUUAUGUCUCUUCAUCCUUCCGCUGCGGCAGGAAGAGCGAACCGGAUGACGAUAUGGCCCACCCCAAACGGAGACGAUAUUGAGCUUGACGCACCAUGGCCUGGCCGAUUCACAACACAGCAGGUUAACAAAAGAUGGACUGCCGCUUUUGACACGGAGGCCCGUGCCAAUCGCUUGAGCUAUAUGGUUGGCAACUCUCUCCUGCCAUCCGCUCCUCGUGUUCAGCAGGUGUGGCCGGGCCAUGCUAGAGGCAAUCGCACUACAUGGAUUGAUGACCGAGCAUAUCAAGGCGACCAAAAGCUAUGGGAUGGAGCCUUUGACGUGGAAAAGCGAGAUUCUUGGAUCACUAGGAAUUCUGAGCGAUGGUCGGACGACUUCGGCAUUGACAAAGAAAAAGCAAAGUGGAAGGAACCCUUGACACAAGAACAGCUCGAUCAAGCUGAUUCAGCCCUUGUAUCAUUGGAUGUUCUGAACUACGACUUCCCAGGUUAUGGAACUCCGGAUGACCCUUACCUUGUGAGAUGGAUCGAGAAUGACCCGGCGAACCCCAUGCUUUUUCCAAGGGUUAAAAAAUGGACCAACGCAAUGGUGCUUGCGUUCGCCGUUUUCAUGGUCUCGAUAGCUUCAUCCGGGUUUUCUCAAGGCACCACUGAUAUCAAGACUGAGUUCAAUGUCGGUCAGACCGUUGCACUGCUCAUGACAUCUCUCUUCGUGCUUGGCUUUGCAAUUGGAGCUCUAGUGCUGUCGCCUAUGAGCGAAGUGUACGGUCGCCGUGACCUUUAUGUUUGGACCUUUGCAGCAUUCGUCAUCACGUCCGGCGUGAUUGGGCUAGCUCCUUCAAUAACCUUCGUCCUCACUUUACGAAUACUGGGUGGUUUGGCCGGCUCCUUCACCCAGGCAGUUGCCCCAGCCGUCAUUGCCGACAUGUUUCAAGCCCAGGAGAGAGGAUUCGUUCUGAGUAUUUUCACCCUGGCUGGUCUCAUGGGCCAGAUGCUUGGCCCCAUCGCUUGCGGUUUCCUCGAUAAGGCUUAUGGUUGGCGGUCGUUGUCCGUUUUGAUCGCUGGCGCAUCCUUCCCUACGUGGGUUGUGCUCACAAUCACCUUCCCGGAGACAUAUGCUCCAGUGCUCUUAAAGCGUCGUGCAGAGAAACUAUCCAAGAUCACAGGCAAGGUACAUGUUGUUGAUGGCGUGGAACCUAAGAGCAUCGCAACCCAACUCCGCGUCGGAGCUCUUCGACCAUGGGUCAUUCUCAUUUACGAGCCCAUUGUCACUCUCCUCAGCCUCUUCUUGUCUGUUGUUCACGGAACACUCUUUCUGCUUUUCGCCGCAUACCCUAUUGUCUACCAGCAAGUCCGCGGUUGGCCCCAAGGAGUCGCAUCUCUACCUUUUCUUGCUAUCGCUCUUGGAAUCAUUAUCUCACUUUUCUAUGUUGCCCUCUUCGAUCAGAAGCGUUAUGCCAAACUCGUCGACAAGUACCAGGGUAUGGUUCCUCCUGAAGCUCGCCUUCCUCCAGCCAUGCUCGGUUCGGCUGCGCUUCCCAUUGGUCUUUUCUGGUUCGCGUGGACGAACGACCCCGACACAUUUUGGCUCAUCUCUGUCAGCGCUGGUGUCUUGUUUGGCUUCGGAUUGGUCCUGCUUUACAUGAGUCUUACGAACUAUAUCGUCGACGCCUAUUUAGGUUAUGCUGCAUCGGCACUUGCUGCAAGCACAGUGCUGCGAUCGAUUGCUGGCGCCGUCUUUCCCCUCUUCACUGCACAACUAUAUGAUUCAUUAGGUAUGUUCGGAAUUCUUGGGUAAAUUCAUGGUCAGAAAUAAUGCUAAUUCAAUUGUAGGCAUUCAUUGGGCUUCCAGCGUUCCUGGCUUCCUCGCCUUGAUCUUUAUCCCUUGUUUGAUCGCAUUCUACAAGUUUGGACAUAUCAUCCGCAGCAAAACCAAGUUUGGACAAGAAGCCGCCAAAUUGGCAGCUAUGAUGGAUGGCAGAAAAUGAGGUGGCAUCUCGAAAUACCAGUCGCUGUUACAUAACAGCCACAUUCCAACAAGUGGGCUCAGUAACCUAAGUGGCAGUAGAAACGCGACUGUAGGACCGUUAGGCUGUGCCUAGGACACAGCCUCGCGAUGAACUUUAUUAACACGAUGAUAUUGUAAAUAAUGCGGCCACGCGUAUGGUACAAUAGACUGUAGAUCAAAUACCGACAUAGAGAAAUACAUAGAAUCAAAACAAGGCAUGACUUACUUCGAGGUAAAGUUUAAGGUGA